AUGACAUAUAUCGAUGGAAAGUUACCCCAUACACCCUACCGCCCCAUUUCUAGGUCCUGCCGCAGAAUGCGAAAUCCUACAAUCAAUUCACGGAAAGGCCUCUGUGCGAUUUGUGGUGACGUCGCGACAGGGGUGCACCACGGCGUCCCAGCCUGUGAAGGUUGUAAGGGUUUUUUCCGACGUUCCGUUAUGCGAAAGACGCCUUAUACGUGCCCAAGAAACAAGAGAUGUGAAAUCACGCCUACGCAGCGCAAUAAAUGCCAGUAUUGCCGCUUCGUGAAAUGCACUCAAGCCGGAAUGAGAAUGAAAAUUGAGAUUCACCCCAUCGAACAGACAAUCGGACGCCUGAGGCAACUUGUAAACGCUUGCCACAAGAAAGCUCUAGGGGUGCAUGGACAGAAAAGGCCAGACGAGCGCAAAAUAGUAACACUGGACCCCUUGGUAAGUAAACGGAAGCAUAUUUGA